AUGGAUCGGAUCAGCGAUCUACCAGAUGAACUUAUUAGUCGAAUCGUGAGUCUUCUUGCUUCAAGGGAUGCUGCGUCUUUGUUGCUUACCUCAAGGAGGUUUGGUGAUAUCUACAGAAUCAUAUCAGAUCUUGAGUUCGAUGACAAAGGUAAGUUUCAGGGGACUUUCACGGAUCUUGUGAGUGAAGCAUUGGCUCGGCUGGAAACUACUACGUGCAUAAGGAGAUUCUAUUUGAAAUCUGAAAGGGGUAUUGAUCCGGAUCGUAUCCACCACUGGCUACGUGAUGUGUUAAAUCAUCGUGGUGUCAUGGUCAUGGAUCUUGAACUGCGCAUAAAGGGUAAUAAUGGGUAUACGUUGCCUUCGGAGAUUUUUGCGUGCAAGACACUCAUUAAGCUGAAACUAGGGAUGGACAUUGUUAUCACUGUUCUACCUGAGAACGCUUUGCUACCAGCGCUUGAGACUCUCGUUUUUGACUCCGUUCGGUUCUGUAAUCCUGCUGAUUGUGCGUUCAAGGCGUUUCUUUUGGCUUGCCCUGUGCUUAAGGAACUAACCAUAGAUGGCAUGUAUUGGGAAACUUGGGAUUGGUCUGGAAUCGUGUCUAGUCAAAGUCUUGAAAGACUUACAAUUGGUCGUGAACUGUCAGGUUUUGAUGGGCCUGAUCCUCAGUACAUUACUUUUGAUACUCCAAGUCUUGCCUACUUAGACUACCUUGAUUAUGUCCCGGAUGGGUAUACAGUUGUUAAUUUCGAGUCCCUUGUGGAAGCCAAGCUCACUCUUCUUGUGAUGCAAUGCUACAAAUCUGAUUCAAGGGAUAAGAAAUGUUCAGAUCCUGAAAUUAUUAUCUCCUUAUACUUUCGAGCUUAA